AUGAUUAAACCAAAGAAGUCUUCGCGUGAACUCUGGAAUCAAUUGGGCUUACGAAACCAUAUUAAACAAGCAUUUGAAGAAAAAGAAACUACUUGGGGUUUAAUCGUUGAUUCCAAUAAGAAAAACCUUGUAAUUCAUUAAACUAUUCUCAGAGCCAAAGAUCUAUAUCAGAAUAUACUAUCACAUAAAAAUUAAAAGAGCAACAUAAUUCAUUCAUCAAAAAUAAAGACAAACCUAUUACUAAAACCUUUUUAGAAGAUUAAAUUCAAAAGACUAAUUUAGAUAAAGAUGAGUGGAUCCAAUUAGCAUCAAUUAAUGAAAAAUCUAAUCUUUCACCUAUAACCAAAAGAAAUUCUAAUGAUUAAACCUUUUCUCCCAUCAAUAGACUUAAAAAUGAAGAAUAAUCACUUAUACAACAAUAAUCAUUUUAAAUAAACAUUGAAAAAAACAAUAUUUGUAAAUUACCAGGUCAUGAAAACAAUUAAUACAAAUUUAUAUGUGUAGAUAAUGAUUGUCCAUAUAAAUUAUAAAAAGCAUGUGCACAUUGUGUUAUUAAAAUGCAUACUAAACAUGUUACCCAAAUGAAAGAAAUUCAAAAUUAUGAAAACUUAAUUGAAUAAAACAUUAAAAAGGCUGAUUAAUUGAUUAAUCAAAGUUUAGAAUUAUUUAAAGAAAUUCAAAAACCUUAUGAAAAUUACUUUCUUUAAAUUAAAAAUUAAAUAAUUACCCUUAUUAAUGAUCUACAAUAAAAACUGUUACAAAUUAAUAAAGAUUAAAUCCAAAAAAUUAUUAAUAAUGAUAUAGAAAUAAUUUAGAAUUUUAAUUCUAAGUUUGAAGCUUAUAAAUUAAUGAAUACAUUAAUACCAGAUGAUAUCAUUGAAGAAUAUACGCGAAUUAUUAAUGGUAUCUCUGAAAAGAUAAAACUCAAUAUAAAUUUUGAUCCAAUUCAUAAAUAAGUUGAAUAAUUUGUAAUGUCAAUCUUUUGUCCCAAAAAAUAAAAAGAAAAUAAAGAAUAAAGUGAUGAUACUGAACUAUUAUAACAAUUCAUAUAGACUAAUAGAGAUUCAAAUAAGGAAUCUAUUCUAAAACCAAGUAAUUCAAUGACUUGUUGUUCUCAUCAAUCCCCUUUACUAACUUAAAAAUAAUUGAAAACCAAACUAGUUAUGGGAUCUGCAUCUCCUUUAAAUGUUUUCAAUCGUUAAAUUACUGGAAGGCAAGUCACAAAAAUCAUCUAAACAUAACCAAUUAUAUACUAUCGUACUAACAGUUGA